AUGGAGUUCGAAGGGAAGAAAGGGAGAAAGGGUUUUGUGUCUCCUAUCCGUCGGCUGGUAUUCCCUAAGACAGGACGUCGGUCAGUUGGGAGAAGUCCUGUGAGCCGAAGGCCCCUCCACUCCGUGCCCCUCUAUCCCCCGGACUACCUCAUUGACCCUCAAAUCCUACUGUGUGACUAUCUGGAAAAGGAAGUAAAGUUUCUAGGCCAUUUAACUUGGGUCACCUCCUCCCUGAACCCCUCCAGCCGGGAUGAGCUCCUGCAACUGUUGGACACAGCACGGCAGCUGAAGGAGCUGCCCCUGAAGAGCACCCCGGAGCAGGACAGCAUCCUGAGCCUGUCGGCGAGAUGCCUGCUCCUCACCUGGCGGGACAACGAGGAGCUGAUCUUGCGUAUCCCCACGCAUGAGAUCGCAGCUGCUUCCUAUUUGCAGGACGAUGCGCUCCACCUCGUCGUGCUCAAGACUGGCCUGGGUGUGGAUCCAGUGCCCGCUGGCCUGGAUGUGUGCCCCGGUGGCAGGCGGGAGCCUGGGGCGGCUGGCCUGACCCCUGAGGAGCAGUCAUCGGGCGGCGGUCCUGAACCCAGACCACCUUCCAGUGGUGUGGAGCGACGCCACACCAUCUGCAGCUUAGACUGGAGGAUGGCCUGGGGAGGCACCGAAGGCCGGGCCACCAGCGGCGGAGGGGGCAGCUUGGAGCGAAAGCAAGGUGCCGGUGAAAAGAAUGCCAUGGGCCGGGCCUUCGGGAGCUGGGAGCGGCGCCAGACCUUCAGUGGCAGCUGGGAGCGACGGCGAGGGGGCAAACCUGGGGGCAGCUGGGAGCGGAGGCAGGGGAGCAAACCUGGAGGAAGCUGGGAACUUCGGCAAGGGGGCAAGCCCGGGGGCAGCUGGGAACGUCGGCAGACCUUCAGUGGGGGCAGCUGGGAACGCCGACAACCUGGUCUCAACCCCCUGGACCCCCAGGAUCCCAGCCCUGAUGCCUACUGCAACCUCAUUAUCCUAGCAGUUGCCAAUAGGGAUGCAGCAGAAGAAUCGUGUGCCCUCAUCUGCCAGGUUUUCCAGAUCAUCUAUGGAGACCAGACCAUUGAGUGCGUGGAUCGUGCUGGCUACCACUACACCUCCACCCCUGAACGGCCCUGGCUUAUCAGCCGCAGCGAGAGCUGCCGCACAGAUGGGACCUAUGGCUAUGAUGCUGACUUCAGUUGCUGCAGUUCUUUUAAUGGCUCCCAUGAUACCUUCGAAGCCUAUUAUAGCGGGACAUCCACACCCUCCUUCCAGGGGUCUCACUGCAGUGAAAGCGACGGCAGCAGCCUUGGUCUGGAGCAGUUACAGGAUUAUAUGGUGACGUUACGAAACAAGCUGUCACCACCCGAGAUCCAGCAGUUUGCUCUGCUGCUGAGAGAAUAUAGGCUGGGGCUGUCUGUGCAGGAAUACUGCGGACAUCUUCUUCGGCUUUAUGGAGACAAGAGAAAGUUCCUUCUCCUGGGAAUGCGGCCCUUUAUCCCAGACCAGGACAUCGGCUACUUCGAAGGCUUCCUGGAGGGUGUGGGCAUCCGAGAAGGUGGCAUCCUCACUGACAGCUUUGGCCGCAUCAAACGCAGCAUGAGCUCCACAUCAGCCUCCGCUGUACGAGGCUACGACAGUCGGGCUCCCCGCCCAGAGGCCGAAGCUUUCAAUCGUAUUCUCACUGGCAUCACCCAUGACAUCGAGGCCUUGGCACAGGAGGGAGAGGAUGAGGGCAGCGGGAAUGAUGGAGAGGGUCAGGGGAGAACAGAGGAAGGCGAGGACAACUACCUCUGAGAACCAUUCCCCUGAAACAUGCCUACGCUGGGGGCUGUACAGAGGGCAUGCGUGGUGUACUUAUGACAAAAGUGUGGGGGCAGCUGGGUGGCUCAGUGGGUACAGAACCAGAACCAGAGACAG